AGUCGGCCGACGCUGGGCGGACGGGGAGGACGGCGGGCGGCGGCACUGCGGUGACGGGAAACACCUGUCAUGCUACCGAACGUGACCUGACACGGACCAGUGACAGCGGGUGAUUGCCGGCGCGGUGGUGACGGGUGGCCGCGUAGUGGUGACCUUUAGUGACCUGUCCUGGUGACCGGGUCGCGAUGGUGAGGCCGAGAGUGGCAGCUCUCAGACUGGACCCACUGGUGAUGGUAGUGGCGGCUCUCGCCGUACCCGCCGUCAGAGUGGCCGUGGUUCUGAGUUUACUGUCCAACGCAACUACUGGUGUCCGCACGGUGCCGCCGCAGCCCAGUUUCAUCUCACAGCCGGAGACUAUCCGUGCCAAACAGGGAGAGACCGUGGUGCUACCCUGCGAAAUCAGUCAUUUAGGUCCGUUCGUGGUGGUCUGGAAGCGGCAGCGACGGGUGCUGAGCGCGCGGGAGGCGGUCGUGGUGCGGGACGCCCGCUUCAGUCUGGUGGACGGCUACAAUCUGAGGAUCACGGCCGUCCAGCCGGCCGACCAGUCGUCCUACACGUGCGCGCUGGACACGGAGCCGCUCUCGGAGCUCACACAUCGGCUGGAGGUGCUCUUUGGGCCGGUGGUUUCUGCCCAGCCGUCCAGCGGCGUUCUCGUCGUCAAGCUCGGCGAGACCGCUGAGAUGUCGUGUCAAGCUUCUGGUAAUCCUCCGCCACGGAUAGCGUGGAGGAAACAAGGUGGCACGUUGCCGUCGGGCGCGGCGGAGCACGAGGCCGGCGAGUACACGGUGACGGGUGCCACGCGCCAGAUGGCCGGUGUGUACCAGUGUGUGGCAGAGAACGGCGUCGGCAACCCGAGCACGGCCUCCGUCCGCCUACAGGUGCAGUACCCUCCUGAGGUGGAAGUGGCCAAGAGUGUCGUCUAUACGGGAGAGGGUUUCGGGGCCGAGCUGGUCUGCGUCGUUUUCGCCCAGCCAGAGGCCGAGGUACGAUGGGAGCGGGAGGGCGCGCUGCUCGAGCCGUCACACCACCGCAGCUCGUCCAGCGGCGGCGACGAGGACGGCACCCGCUACACCCUCGCCAUCGACUCUGUGACGCUGGCCGACUUCGGCACCUACUCGUGUCACGCCACCAACAGCCUGGGCACCGCCGGUGGACAGAUACAGAUCUCAGGCACCCCGGAGCGCGCUCAGGUGACGAGCAGCGCGAUGGGCGCCGCGCCGGACUCCUAUCAGCUGAGCUGGACGGUACGCAGCUUCAGCCCGGUACUCGAGUACAAGGUGGCCUACCGACAGAGCAAGCAGAACAGCUCGUCGGCGUCCUCGGGCGGCUGGCGCGAGGUGCUCGUGCCGCACAUCGGCGGAGAUGUGGUCGACGCGCACUGGCACCGUCAGUCGAUCCCGCUGACAGGCCUGGCGCCGGCGGCCACCUAUGACGUGCACGUGCAGGCGCGCAACCGGCACGGCUGGAGCGCCGUCUCCGACAUGGUGCACUUCUCCACACUGGCUAAGGGAGAAGCUCUGGAGUCCAGGAGGUUCAAUGCUGCGAGUCGCUCGUCGUCUAGCUUGCCGCCCGUCAUUUUGACAGUGGCACUUCUGAUUUCCAAUGCAUUCCAAGGUUUCAACUGGGUGUGAUUCAAGAUUCACGGUGUCUACCGCGAACCAAUUCAGUGAUGAGAUCGCUGAAAAGCGGGACCGGCGUCUGCCGUUGACGCUGCCAGAACUGUGGCUGCUCUCAGCUCGCAGUGGGACGGGGAUGUGCCAGAACUGCGCAUAGCCGAGUGCCGGCACUGCCCAAAACAUUGCAGAUGUGCCACUUACGUGAUUGUCGGCGGUAAAGCAGCUUCGAGCCUCACAAAUUGAUGGGCCAGGCUUUUCACUGUCCCGUGUAGAGACCAUACUGAGUCGCGGAACUGCGGUGAUGUGACAAACAUUAAAUCGCAUUCAGCUUAGCAUUGCAGUAAACGAUCAGAGCCACUGCGUGCGAGACAUUUGCCAUCGUGAGGAGCUGGCUGCCACGUUAAAUGUGUCGCGUGGCGCUGCGAUUUAAUUGCAGUGGUGUGACCGUCCUGAUAAGCGUCCCGUCAGCCGCGUGACGAGGCCGUACUUCGCAGCAGGACGAGAAAGUGAGAGCCAUAAACCCUCUGCCCGAGCUAGGACACUUGAGGACGCUGUUGGAACGUCUCACGGGGGCACUGCAUAUUUGUCUUUGAUCAUCGAAUGUCUAGACUCUGAACAGGAAUGUUGACGUGGAUGCAUGGAACAGGGACGCACAACGCAUACUUCGGUUAUAAAUUCUUAGCUUUUUUCCUAAGAUAUUUUUUACAUAUACAUUUAUAUUUGUGGUAAAAAUAACAUCAUACAAAGUCCCUUUCAUAAAAGUUUAGACGACAAUUUUUCUUCAAUAAUUUUUUAUUCUGCACUGUUUAAGACAUUCUUACAUCCAUUUUUCGGUGAGUGCGAUCGGAGUGCGCUAGAACCCAUGAGCAUUGUCUGUAUAGAACUUGUCUGUAUGCAUUGUCUUCUAGAGUCCACCCGAUAUUAUGUGACCGUGUGGUUUGGUGCGAUAUGACGGUGUAUGAAUGAUGAACUUAAAAUUAUCCACCCACAGAGUGAUUUAUAUGGGAUCGGUGAAUCGCGAGUUCAUCGCCCAAUGUCCAGCAGCUAUUUCUCUUCUGUUUUCACAAGCAUUUAUGGAAGGCAGCCCGGGGCUGUCCGCGAGUAAAUAUUAUCGAUUGCUUUACUCUGACAGUCACGCUAUGCUCGCUAGUUUUGGUGUGCUUCACCGGAUUGGCCAUGCAGGAAUACGUACGGCCCCAGCCAUUGCUGAAGACAACUACAUGUAGUUUGGUAUCAUGGCCUUUGAGCAAACCUAUAAAUCGGAGGCCGCUGACAAAUGUUAAGUAAUGUGUCAUCAUUAAACGCUGCCGGAACUGUUAACUGCGGCUAUGUGUGUCAAUGUGAGCCGCCGAGCGUGCAAACCAGGCACCUUGUGCCGUGGCUGUGCUGUCUCCAUUGUCAUCAUUCGGGCGGCUUCAGUUGAGCCAAAUGACGUUAAGCACUAUAUGUCCUGGCUGCUUGUAUUUGAGCAAUACUAAUGUUUCGAAAUGA